CUACUAAAAGAGUCUCUCGGAAGCUGAGCCUCCAUGAGCCCCUCAUUCGGCGUAGCACGGGUACGCGGGUAACUAAACAGGGGUCGGGUCCUCUGGCUCUAGAAAUGUGUAUAUCCAUCUUCCUUCAGGAUUCGUUUCAACAUUAUGCUCUGAGCGGUAAGUAUUAAAAGAUGACGGUUCUUCCCUUUCUUUCUCUUAUGUAAUCUCGUCUGGUUCUAUCGAUUUUCUUCUUUCCUUUUCUCGGCAUCUUUGUUGGUCGAGUAAAGUCGUGUUAGUUACAGGAUGGCUAUUCCACUUACAAUGGCUGGACCACAGUAUCAUGACGACUUCGAUUCUACUCCUAAACAAGGCUCAACACCAACACAAGAUCAACCUUUAGACCAGCCUAAAGAACAGAUACAACCAUUGUCAACUCACGAUACAUCAUCUCUUCCAGCCAAAGGCCAUAUAUGGAAGGCCAGACUUAACCUUCGUCUCUUCUCCAUCUGUGUUGACGCUCUUCUUCUUGUCAUUGUCUCUUUGUUGGCCUCUAAUUCCAGUGAUGGAACAACAUCCAUCAUCGCCUUUGGGGUUUUUACUACCCUUGCUCUGAUAUGGAACUUUGCGGACUCUGUCCAUCUCUGGACCAGAAGAUACCACAGCUUUAGCCCCUCCAUACGAAUCUUCGUCGAUCUUCCAUUAGCUGUUCUCUUUGUGAUCCUAUCACUCGUCUAUGGAUAUUUCGGUCCUUCGGAUCACGCAGUUUCCGGCUCGGCCCCAAGCACAGACGAGUCACAUCUUGGGAGACGAGCCCUUGGAUGUUUCGGCAUCACCAAAGCUCUCGUUCAAAUGAUAUUAGUUUUCGUGGCUUACUACGAGAGCACACAAGCAAACUCGCCCACAUCACGAAGCAACUGUGCGAGGAAUGAGGAGGAUAUACCCAGAGAUGAGGAAGAAGGAUUGUUAUUUAGCGAAGAUUCUGUCUCAGACAGAUAAUCGUGCUGAUUGACAGCUAGCGACUUGCGUUUCGUUUCCUACACAUUUUACCAUUUAGAGAUACCACCCACUAUAAAAAAGGCACAAGCAUAGCAGAUACCCCUACCACCUCUACAUUCAUUUUUACCCUGUUCCUAGUUUCUAGUCUCAAUAGCGUUCAAUGUCCAGUCCUACCCCAUCACUUCCAAGUCACAUCUUCCAGC